CAGGGGCUAAUGUGGAAAUCUGAAAAUCCUUCAGCCUACUUUGCAAAGUAUAAGAGAGUCUCAAUAGUCUGUCCGAACAAACCUUUCUGGGAAGAGGUACAGCCAGGAUGCCCCUUAGAAGCGAGAAUGGUGAGACUUUGUCUCACGUACUUUGGACGUGUUAUCAGGAGAGACCAGUCCCUGGAGAAAAGGAUAUCGUGCUUGGUAAAGUAGAGGAUGGUUUUAUCUGAAAAGGUUAGUCAGCUGAUGGAAUGGACCAGUAAAAGACCUGUAAUAAGAAUGAAUGGAGACAAGUUCCGUCGCCUUGUUAAAGCCCCACCAAGAAACUACUCCGUUAUUGUCAUGUUCACUGCUCUCCAACUUCAUAGACAGUGUAUCGUAUGCAAGCAAGCUGAUGAAGAAUUCCAGAUCCUGGCAAACUCCUGGCGAUAUUCCAGUGCAUUUACCAACAAGAUAUUUUUUGCUAUGGUGGAUUUUGAUGAAGGCUCUGAUGUAUUUCAGAUGCUAAACAUGAAUUCGGCUCCAACUUUCAUCAACUUUCCUGCAAAAGGGAAACCCAAACGAGGUGAUACAUAUGAGUUGCAGGUGCGGGGUUUUUCAGCUGAGCAGAUUGCCCGGUGGAUAGCUGACAGAACUGACGUCAAUAUUAGAGUAAUUAGACCUCCAAAUUACGCUGGUCCACUUAUGUUGGGAUUGCUUUUGGCUGUUAUUGGUGGACUUGUGUAUCUUCGAAGAAGCAAUAUGGAAUUUCUCUUUAACAAAACUGGAUGGGCUUUUGCGGCUUUGUGUUUUGUGCUUGCUAUGACAUCUGGUCAAAUGUGGAACCAUAUAAGAGGACCACCAUAUGCUCAUAAGAAUCCCCACACAGGACAUGUGAAUUAUAUCCAUGGAAGCAGCCAAGCCCAGUUUGUAGCUGAAACACAUAUUGUUCUUCUGUUUAAUGGUGGAGUUACCUUAGGGAUGGUGCUUUUAUGUGAAGCUGCUACCUCUGACAUGGAUAUUGGGAAACGAAAGAUAAUGUGCAUGGCUGGUAUUGGACUCGUUGUAUUAUUCUUCAGUUGGAUGCUCUCUAUUUUCAGAUCUAAAUAUCAUGGAUACCCGUAUAGCUUUCUGAUGAGUUAAAAAGGAUCCCAGAGAUAAUGAAGACACUGGAGUAACGGAAAUUGAAAAACGAAAGAUGUAUGUGUAUGUGAAAAGAAGAAUUUAUGUAUUUUGUAUUACUUCUUUUUUUUCAAGUGAUUUAAAUAGUUCAUCAUUUAACCAAAGAAGAUGUGUAGUGCCUUAACAAGCAAUUUCCUUUCAAAUUCAUGAAGUAUUUGGGAUAUGAUUCUCCUCUUCUUAAACUUCCCCUCCCAGUGAACAUUGUGGAGCAUUUAAUUUAGUAGAAUUCAAUAUAUUAUAAAAUAAAUUUAAACUGCUACUUCAUUUUAAUUAGAAGAAGGCUCAAAACUGGCUUUAGUUAACUUUUGGUCAUUUAAUUUUAUAUUUUCUUAUCUAAAGAUGACAGAUAAAAGUCCUGACCAGGUGUUCUCCCAUAUGUCUGCUGCAGAUAACUGCAUCAGGAAUCCAUUCUUAGCUUUUCCAUCUUUGCAUGGAUGUGUAUACUUUGCACAUUUUUCCUUUUAGGCAGAGAAACUAUAUCUGCUAUAUGGUCUUCUGAAAAUGGAACACCAUUCUUCAGAGUACACUUUUAGCCUUUAGGAAAAAAGAAAUACCUAGCCAGUACUUCUCUCAUCUUCCCUACUGAAAUACAGGGCUAUCUGUGCUUCUUGGUGGUUGUAGUCAUUGGAAAGCAUCUCUAAAUAUAGGAUUAUGAUUUCUCAUAAGUGUGGUGUUAACUACCUUGUUUUUGGUAAGAUUUCAGAUUCAUUCCACCUCCCUUCUUUUAUUUAAGGUGGCCUAUCUCUAAUAAAAAUGUAGCUUAGUGCUUAAAUCAGUGUAAUUUAUAAAUGGUCUAAAAUGCUCCUGCAGAUUAUUACAUAUUUGUACGUAAGAGAAAAAUAGGCUUACACAUAACUCAGCUGGUGAAGUUGAAUUCUGUAUUACAAGUUAGGACAUAUUUCAUUAACCCUUGUGUUUAGGAGGAGGACCUAGAGUUUGAAAAGAUAACCGUGAAAUAAUUGAGUUGUUGCCUGUGUAUAAAAAGUGUUUCAUGAAAACUGUUCUGUUUUUGCUAUUACUGUAGCGUUUAUUCUCUCCCUUUAAGUGGCGAAACAAUGAAAAAAUUUGAAGGGGUUUUGUUUGAAUUUUGUGUUUUUUCCUGUCAGUGGAGCUAACCAUAUGUACUAACCAAAUUUCUAUGAAAAAUUAAGUUGAUGGUUAUUAUUAGAUCUAACUAUAACCUCGCCCAUAGUCAUGAAAAGUAACCUGAAAUGCCACUAUUAUGGAAACACGAGAAUUGUGGUUGUGAAAAAAAUUUGUAAAGAAAUCUCAGAAGUAUCAAAUUAAAAAAAUACUGUCACUGCCUCUGAUAAUUCACUAUCUAAUAAAUCUCCCACGUGUGUUAUAAAAUAGAAAUUUGCAAAAAGAGAUGGGUGAAAUUGCCUAUUUUAUUUUUUUGUUGUUAGUAGAUCUGGUGGGUGAAGCCAUAUAGUUGAUUUUUACUCUAAUGUAGCUUUUUGUUAAUUACUCCCCUUGUAAAUUAUGUGAUUCUGGGUUCCUUUUUCUGCUGUUCUUGUACUUGUCUCAGGCCAAAUAAAUUUAUGCUGGGAUUCUUAUGGUUGAGACUUGUAUGAAAUGCCCUGGUUUGUACAGACUGACCAGGAGACUACUACUGCCAUUAAUCUAUAGCUCCAAAUAAUUUGCCAUGAGCAUUGAAAGAAUGGAAGUUUUAUAUAUAUAUAUUUUUGUCUCCUUUAUCUGUAAGAGCACAUUCUUCUGUAAAGAGAAAAGUAGCGAUCUGAUUAAAAUCUAUGGAAAGCGGAUUUGCUACAUUUAAAAUAGUGUUACUUUUGUGGAGAUUUUGAAAUCGGCUUUCAUCUGAAGUGCCUUAAGUAGACUUAAUUUACUUUCCUAGUAAUCAUUUAAAUAUCACUUGUAAUCCAUUUAAAAAAUACUAUUCAAAAUGACACAUUGUAGUGGCAAAGAUAACCAAAUGUCUGGCUGUUUGCUUUUUGAUCAUUUCAAUAAACUUUUACAAUGUGAA